AUGGCGUCAUUGAUAGGAGUCAAGAUCUGUAUUUACUUUUUUAUGGUAUGGACAGUGGUAGGUCCAUCAACUGUUCAUGCAUUGAAUUGGAAACAGUUUUAUUCUCAAGAAAAAUACCAGUCUAUGGCAAAAGAAUUUCACAGAUUUUAUAGCAAGUCCAAUUUCAAUCGGGAUAAAGUCAGUCAAUUUGCUAAAGAAAUCAAAGCCAACGGUACUAAUGUUAUGCAUCCAGUGGUAUUGAUUACAGCCCUAGGUGGAGCACAGUUAGAAGCUAAACUCAAUAGAACAACGGCACCGUAUUGGUUUUGUGACAAAAAAACCGAUUGGGAAUUAGUUUGGCUAAAUGUUGAUUUUUUACUCCCAUUUGUCAUAAGAUGCUGGGAAAAUAUUAUGCAAUUAAAAUAUGAUAGCAAAAAUCAUGUUUAUUCACCUGCCCAUGAAGGUAUCAAGAUUAGAGUUCGUAAUGGAACAAAGCACAUACGCUUCAUUGAUCCACAAUUUGGCUUGAGAGGUGUCAGCAUGGAGUAUGGCGCUAUUAUUGAUUCAUUAGUUUUUACUGGCUAUACCAAAGACAAAAAUAUAAUCGCAUUCCCGUUUGACUGGCGUAUAGGAGCUGAUGCUUACUACUUAAAGAACGGAGUUUUUCAUUACCUAAAGCUUGCAAUUGAACAAGCUUAUUCCAACAACAGUAACAUACCUGUUGUUUGUGUUGGCGAAAGCAUGGGAAACGCAAUGUUCAACUUAUUUCUAAAUACUUACGUGGAUCAGAAAUGGAAAGAUAAAUACGUUAAAGCGCAUAUAUCAUUAUCUGGUGUUUACGCUGGCGCUGGCCAAGUGAUUUAUAGUGUGAUUUCUCCCAGCGGCGGUGUCUUACCUCCGGUCGUCAACUUUGAUGUUAUUAGAUCGGUUAUUCGAACUUAUGGAAGUUCUGCAUGGUUACUACCGAAUAGAAAAUUUUGGAAAGAUUAUCCGUUUGUUCGGACGAAGAAGAAAAAUUAUACCGCUGAAGAUUUUGGUGAAAUAUUCUCUCGUUUGAAACUGCAUAACAUAACGGAAAUGUGGCACAAUACUAGAAACUUAUCAACUUUACAUGCUCCGAAUGUCACGGUGUACUGCUGGCAUGGCAUAAACGUUCCUACACCGAAUAGCUUCUAUUACAAGGAUGAUAAUUUUGAAAAGCAACCUGACAUUACCCACACUGAUGGUGAUGGAACAGUACCCUUACGUAGUUUGCAGGUGUGCCAGAAUUGGAAAAAGCAACAAACAAAACCCGUGUCUGUAAGAUCGUUUCCAGGUGUAAGUCAUAUGGGAAUUCUAGGGGAUGAAUCUGUUAUAAUGGGUAUACUUUCUAUUGCAACUGGUGGCCACCCAUCCCAUGGAUAG